UCGAAAUUUGUUUACAAUGGUUACGGAAGUAAACGACGGUAAAUAUUGAUUUUUCUUCAGAUCCAGUUCAUCAUUUGUGCAAUUUACACUAUAGAAAUGUUGUGAGUAUUAAUCUUUAACAGGAGAGCAAAUUUCACGCUAAAAUGUCUCAAAGGAUAGUUGGAACAUGGCAUGUUCGGCCAACACCUGCACAGUAUGAAGGCAGACCCGAUCUGAAGAAAACAUGGACAGGACCUAUAAGCAGUGAGAUGUAUGGUAAAGGGCUGAAGGAUCUGUGUAACAAGACAGAAGAAAAUCUUACCAGAUUAUCACAACAAAUGCAGAAGUUAGACCCAUGCAUUGAUUAUGGCAUCAAACAUUGGCAUCCAAACACAAGACCCAAGUCUGCCAAACCACAGUCAGCUGAGAGGGCAAAGACUCCUGGCAGAUGGGAAAGUGUGGAAGUCAUGUUUACAGACAACAAAUUUCUUGAUUCUCUUGGCAAGCAGAUCAAUGAUGAGACAGAUUCAUAUGUUGAUCCUCCAGCAAAGACAAGUUUUUGCUAUCUCUGUUCAACAAUGGAAGAGCACAAAAGGCAUAUGCUGCAACACAGGCCUAAGAGAAGACCAAAGUCUGCCAAACCUAGAAUAGAAUAUAUUGCCCCUAUACCCAGACAGAAGGUGAAACCUGAAGAAGAUGAAGAGGUCAAGGUCAGAAAGAGACUGUAUAAAGUUGAGGUGUUCACAUCUGAUAAAACAAAUGCUGGAACGAAUGCAAAUGUGUUUAUAGCAAUCAAAGGCAGUCUAGAAUUCCUACCUAGGACUCAGUUGAAAAAGACUCAUGGAUGUUCACAGCUGUGUUUUGUUAGAGCAUCAAAAGAGGUGUUUCAUGUAAAAGGACCACUUCUUGGAAACUUACAGAUUCUCACAAUCGAACAUGAUGGGAAGCAGAGAAGUCAAGCAUGGCAUUUAGACCAUAUAGAGGUGACAGAUAUCAAAGCAAUGAAGACGUGGGUGUUUCAUUGUGGAGAAUGGGUAUCAAUAUUUGAGGAACCAUUUUACAGCAACACACUGGACAUACAGGCUCAGGAAAAAGAGUCACCUGUUACAGAGUACACUAUAGAAGUGCACACUGGCAAGCAGAAAAUGGCGGGAACUGAUUCAAAUAUCUUCAUAACCCUGUUUGGUCAGCAUGGAAGUAGUAAGAAGAUACAUCUGGUAGAUCCUUCGUCGGACAAGAAACUGUUUGAGAAAAACAGUGUAGAUACCUUUAGAAUACGCAUUCACGGGGUCGGAGAGUUAAAGAGGAUUAGAAUAGAGCAUGAUGGGAAAGGAUUUGCAGCGGGAUGGUUCCUUGAAAAGGUCAUCAUUCAGGACAGUGAACGUCCCAAAGACAAGUUUUACUUCAUGUAUGGGGGCUGGAUUGCCAAGGAUGAGGGAGAUGGUAAACUAUGGAGAGAAAUAAGAGCCAAAAAGAAGCUGAGCAAAGAAAUUCAUUCUGAAAGAUACAAGUCUAAAAUAGAAGGGAUGCCAUAUGGAGAAGGUACAGAAACAAGAUACCAGAUCACUGUAAAGACGGGAGAUAAACGUUUUGCAGGUACCGAUGCCAACGUGUUUAUUCAACUUGCUGGUGUUAAAGGCAUCACCAAAAAGCUGAAAUUGGAUGAUGCCAAAAACAACUUUGAAAGGAAUAUGACUGACAAUUUUGAGGUGAGAGCAGUCAAUGUUGGAACAAUAGAUCAUAUUGUGAUAGGACAUGACAAUUUUGGACCCGGUGCUGGAUGGUACCUAGAAAGUGUGACUGUGAGGAGAUACAUUCCUAAAGAUGAAGCCCGAGAGCGACUUCAUAAAAUAAAGAAGAGACUUAAACAUGAAAAGAAACACAAGAAAGAUAGGAAGCGUGAUUCUGAUGAAGAUUCUGAGUCGGAAUUCGAAAAUGAUGAAAAAGACAGGAAAUCAAACAAAAGACAAAAGGAUAGGAAAAGGGAGAAAGAUAAAUAUAAAGAAAAGAAUGUGAAAGGAAAAGGGAGUCGUGACAUUUUUUCAGUUUCAUCUGAGAGUUCUAAUGAGUCUAAUGAAGAGUCAGAUACAGAGAGACACUCCAGACAAUCUCAAAGACCUAGAUCUGCCAUGAGGAGGCCUGGAUCAGCACUACGCAGGGACUUACACAGAGAUGAUAGUUCAGAAACAGAAAGUUCAGUUUCAAGACGUCCUGGGUCAGCGCUUCGUAGAGACAGAGAUAAAGAGGGCAAGGAAGGAGAACGAUAUAAGAAAGAUAAGCGAUCGCACAGUGAUUACAGGGAUAGAAGGCAGCGUGACUCUGUUGGUAGUGAUAACAGUGAAAGAGAUUACAGUUCUCCAAGUUUCAGUCGUUCCGGACGUAGGGUCAGUACAAGUGCAUCUAGUCUUAAACGGCAAACAAGUAAGAGUCGGAAAGGAAAAUCAGAUUAUGACGAUGAUGACAAUUUGGACGAGUUAAAAGUUCCUCUGUAUGAAGAGUGUUUCUUUGAAUGUAAUAAAUGGUUGGCUACUGAUGAGGAUGAUGGACUGUUUGUUAGGGAAUUGACUGUUACUAAGAAAACUACGUUCUUCAAGGAAAAGGCAAUGCAGUAAAUAUUUAGAUUCUUCAAAAGAUUGAAAUGAAAAUUUAAUGGGAAUUUUUCAAACAUGUUAGUGCACAGAUGAUAUUUAAACACUAUAGGAAAGAAUAGUCAAAAUUCUGUUAGUGUCUUUAGGAUUUAUCAAAGGGGUAGGGAUAUUAUAGUUUAAAUUUGUCAUCUAAAUUAUACAUGCAACUUUAUGUCAAAUAGAUCUUUUGGAAAAGGAUUUAGGAAAGUUCUUUGGUAGUUAAUAUAGAUUCUACUAAUCACUAAAAUGGAUGGAUUUUUGUUGCUUUUUUGCUCAGGCAUCUGCCAAAUAUAUCUGUUUGUCAUAAUAUUUAUUUUGCAUGUACUUAGAAAAUAUUGGAAGCAGUGCCUAUAUUCAACAUUAUGUCUAGGUACAUGGGAAAAGAGACCUUAACUUUGAAGUUAAGGGGAGUGAGAAAAAUACAACUGAAGAGCUCUUGAUAUGAAUAUCUCUGUCUUUCAUAUUUCUGUAUAGGGAAUUAAUUUAACAAUAACUUUUUUUAAGAUGUCUGAUUGAGACAUACUUAAAUGCAUACUUUGUUAUUGUAACAUAUAGUUGUUUUAUUUUUGGCUUGAAGAACCGCUUGUCAGUUUAAGCAAAUGUCUGUUAAGCAGGGUGAAUGAAAAGGUAAAAAAGGAACUAAACUAUGGAAAAUAGGUUGAACUAGAUAAAAAAAAAUUGUAGAAAUAAGCCUCAUUUAAUAUUUUAUCUUGCUGCAUUUCUGCUAGAAGAUUUGUAAUGAAAAUCAUUUAUAGAGCAGUUGUGUCAGAUUUUAAAAAUUUUGAAGUCUUUGCUUCUGCCAGGAUUGAGAUGGCCAUUGGCUCUUGUUUCUUGGGCAGAAGUCGACCAUAUUGCAUCAUGCAUAUAUAAGAAACAGGCAGAGUAGAUUGAGUAUCCAAACCAUCAUAUUAGUCUUAAAUACUGACAAUCUGAAGAGUAAGAGAAUAUUAUUGUUUAAGACUAUUGUAACUCAUAGUGUAAUAUGUACACUCUGUGAUAUAUUGCUAUGUGAUAACCUGUUUAACAUUGUUACAGUUUU